CGGGAUGAGUCGGAACCCCGCGAGAAGAACCGCCGUGUUCUGAUUCUGCUCACGGCGCAGCGGCUAGGAGUUGCGGCACUUCCGGCCGCAGUUUAGAAAUGUCAUGGGAUCCUUCAGCCGACAGGAAUUUUUCCAGGAACUUCUGCAUGGCUGCCUGCUGCCUACAGCCCAGCAGGGCCUGGAGCAAGUAUGGCAGCUGCUGGUCCUCUGUCUGCUGUGUCGGCUCAUUUGGAUGUUGGGUCUCCCGUCCUUCGUGAAACACCUGAGCACGGUGGCCGGUGGCUUCUACACGCUCUACCUGUUCUUCGAGCUCCACAUGAUCUGGGUGGUUCUUCUCAGCCUUCUUUGCUACCUCAUCCUCUUCCUCUGCCGUCACUCGAGCAUCCGUGGGACCUUCCUCUCCAUCACUGUCCUCAUCUACCUGCUGCUGGGAGAGUUGCACAUGAUGGACACAACCACCUGGCACAAGAUGAGAGGGUCCCAGAUGGUGGUCGCCAUGAAAGCCAUCUCUCUGGCCUUCGACCUGGACAGAGGCGUCGUCACCAGUGUCCCCUCGCCCAUUGAGUUCAUGGGCUACAUUUACUUUGUGGGCACUGUCAUCUUCGGUCCGUGGAUUAGCUUCAGCAGCUAUAAAGAGUCUCUGGAAGGGCGUAAACUGAGCUUUUCGUGGUUUUGGAAAGUGUCCAUUAGCUGGGUGAAGAGCCAGCUCUGCCUUGUUAUUUCCAACUGUGUGGCACCCUACCUGUUCCCCUACUUCAUACCGAUCUACGGGGACAAGUUGCUGCGGAGCAAAAAGAGGAGGAAGAUAAGAGGCUCUGCAGCAAGAUGGCUGCUGGCGUACGAGAGCGCGGUCUCCUUCCACUUCAGUAACUACUUUGUGGGCUACUUGAGUGAGACCACCGCCACUCUGGCCGGGGCGGGCUUCACCGAGGAGAAAGAGAACCUGAAAUGGGACAUGGCCGUCGCCGAGCCGCUGAACGUGGAGUUCCCCAGGUCCAUGGUGGAGGUGGUGACGUCGUGGAAUCUGCCCAUGUCCCUCUUCCUCCGCACGUAUGUUUUUAAGAGCGCUCUUAAAUUCGGAACCUUUGCCGCUGUCCUGGUGACCUAUACGGCCAGCGCCCUCCUGCACGGCCUGAGUUUCCAUCUGGGUGCAGUGCUGCUGUCUCUCGCCAUCAUCACGUACGUCGAGCACGGGUUGCGGAAGAGGCUGGCGGCCAUUUUGGAUGCGUGUGUCCGGGCAAAGAAAUGUCCGGCAAGCUGCACACAUCAGAACAGAAAGGCGCUGUGGGUCUACAUGAUUAAUACAGCCUUCGGUGCCUUGGCAGUCCUUCACCUGACGUACCUGGGCUCCGUGUUCAACUCCAGUGUGGACUACGUGGAUGAGGAGGAGGACGACGUGACCAGCCAUACCAUCCAGAAGUGGUCGGAGCUGAGCUGGACCAGCCACUGGGUAACAUUUGCAUGCUGGGUAAUGUACCGCCUCGUCCUCUGAUGACAAGAGACGGAGAGGAAGGUAAAGGGCUAAGGAAACGACGACUAGAGAUGUGAGACCGGCCCUCCACCCCCCCCCACCCCCGCACUGUGACCUCAUCAUCCACCGGACCGAAGACAGAACCACAACGCCGUACAGCACGGUACAGAGGUCAGCCCACAUCGCAGCACCGACCUCAGUGCUCAGGUUACCACUCACUUUACUGGACACCUGUUAUAACCGGCUGAAGGGUGGUGGUGGU